CCAGGCUCAGGCAGCCACAGAAAGCCCACAGUACGGGUUCUGGCUGCACUGCAAGCCUCCGUCCCACUGUCCCCAGCCCAGAGCAAAGCAGACACCUGAAGCAGACACUGCUCCCCAAAAGCAGCGCCCAAAAAGAUGCUGGGGCAGGCGCCAUGGGCAAGGCUGUCUCCUCCUGGCCCUACCGUCCUGCUGCUGGCCCUCUGUGCUGUCAUGACCACUCAGGACAUUUGCAACUCCACACGUGAUGGUGACCUCACAGCUCCGGCCCUCUUCCUGAACACCUCUAGUGCUCAGGAAGGGGAAUCGUUUUCGCUUCGCUGUACCAUUGAUGGUCAUUCAGCCCCUACCCGAAUUGUAUUCUGCAAGGACAGGAUGGAGGCACACAGCCUGAAAGGGCAACUAGGAAAACUGAUCUACACCAUCACUCUGAAGGUCACCCAGGGGAGCGAGGGGACGUACAUGUGUGGAUACCAGCUCAAAGAUGACAACAACCGAGUAAGGAGCUCUGCCCUCAGUGCUGGCCGCAUCCUGCAUGUCCCCGGUGCUGGCGUGACCACCCAGGACAUCGGCAGCUCCCCAGGUCAUGGCAAUGCAUCCAAGUCCCUGGCAGGGCCAAUGGCUCCAGGCAUGGCGCUGGCAGUGGCAGCCAUCAGCCUCGUCCUCCUGGCUGCAGGCAGCUGGUUUGCCAUCAGGAAAGGUGCCUGUAGAAUGAGAUGCCCAAGGCAGCAGCACGUUGACAGCCCACAGACGGAAGACACCAACUGUGGUGACAUCCAGUACUCCACCAUCGCCCACGUUCAACGGGACAGGCCUCCUCCCGUGCAGCAGAUGAGCGACACCACGACAUAUGCCACGGUGACCCGCACCCAGACCUGAUAGCGCUACCACAGGGCAAGGGCACAGGAACCUUGCCCAUGGCUGCCUUUGCUGUCUUGCAGAGGACUUGUGCAGCUGUAACAUGGGGCUGGAGGGUGCACUUCAAGCUUCUUUGCAGUUUGCUAUCACAGGGAAGGGCUGUGUGUGUCUAGCCAAGAAGAUGUAGGACUCACACCUCCACCUACAAUACAUUAAUAAC